AUGCCUAUAUUCAAAUAUGAGGUUGAUGCUAAAGCAGAUACAAUAAUCAUCUUAAAACACCCAAAUGCUAGCUUCGCGCCUUGGAGCCCCGCCGAAGUUGAAGGGGACACCACACUGUUUCACCAGGGAUCUGCUUCUGGAGACGCUGACCAGGCAACAUCUGUCAAAGUUGCUAUUGUGGCGGACGAUGCAAGCGAGACAAGCCCGAACGACGCCGAAGGAGACGAAAUUUGGUACCAUGUUUCUCGGCGCCACCUCGUAUCGACAUCAUCCACAUGGGAGCGUAUGCUCUCUGCAACAAACUGGAAGGAGGGUACCCGUGAUGAGAACGAUGAUCUCUAUCACUUACAUACCGAGAGUUGGGACAGUGAAGCACUACUUUGCGUUCUGCAGGUCCUGCAUCUCCGCAAUAGUCAAGUACCACGCACAGUAUCCCUGGAGACACUUGCCAAGAUAGCUGUUUUGAUCGACUUCUACGAUUGUGCAGAAGCACUGGAGUCGUUUACAGAAAGAUGGGUUGAGCGUCUGCGAGCGACCACUCCUAUUCCUUCAAAUCUCUGCCGCGACCUCCUGCUAUGGAUGUGCAUAGCUUGGGUAUUGAAGCUUCCGCAAGAGUUCUUGCAGACGACGACAGCAGCAAUCAGACGAGAUGACCGAGAACUACCAACUCUAGGUCUUCCAAUUGCAAUAUGCAUUAACAGAAUUGAAGAGUUACGGAGGCACGCAAUUGAAACAGUCUUUUCUCAAUUGGAGGAUCUCCUUGAGGAGUUCCGUAGUCCGCUUUAUGAAUGCCCACAGGGUGAAACAUUCGAAUGUGGGUCUAUACUUUAUGGUGCCUUACUCAAAGAGAUGGAACGACAAGGUUUGUUACCAAUCCCAACAGUGCCAUACUACGACUUAAGCAUUUCGGAACUGUGUACCAAGGUGCAGCAUAUCAGAUCUCCUGCGUGGUGCCGCCCAAACAAAUCCAAGAAAAGCCAGCAUGGCUGCGGUCUCACCACGAGAUUGAGUGCGAUUGUUGAUCCUGUCACUCGUCUUGCCAAUGGCCCUGAACUGAAGGACUUCUAA